AUGUACACCCGCAACUACCUCGCCCUCCUCCUCGCGGCCCUCGCCGUCAGCGUCCACGCCGCCGUUCCUGCCGCCGGCGCCGCCGGCGCCGCAACCGGCGCGCUCGCCACCACAGCCGGCACCGCCGACGCCGCCCUCGGUGCCGCCGACGAGCUCGCCAGCGCCGGCACCGACGCCGCUGCCGCUGCCACCGAUGCCACAACCGGCGUAGCUGACGCCGCCACUGGGGCCGCUGCGGGCGCUGCUGGGGUCGCUGACGCUGUUGGCACUGCUGCGGGCGCUGCGGGCGCUGCCGCGGGUGGAAUGGUGCCGGAUCCGUCGAUGCCGCCGCAGGGGAUGCCGCAGCAGCAGGGGAUGGGGAGGCAGCAGGGCGGUGGAAGGCAGAGGGGGGGCAGCAGGGGGAAGGGCACGAGGGUGCAGAGUGGGCGCGGCAAGGGGAACAAGAAGAAGGUCAAUGGCAACAAGAACGGGCAGUGGCCGCAGCAGAAGCAGAAGAAGAAGGGCGGGAACAAGGGGGUGAGGAGGCAGAGUGCGGGGGCGAAGAAGGGGGGCAAGAAGGGGAAGGGUCAGGCUAAGCCGGCGACGAGGAACGGGAAGGUUAGGUAUGGCGGUGGCAAGAAGAGGAACUAG